CUGUCGACUCUUGAAGCUUGAGAUAGAAGCUUAGUAGGAGAAACGGCACUGCUGACAACUGAAGCGACAAUGGCCUCUACCACAUAGUAACAACAGUGGGGUGUUUGACGUAGGUAGAACCUGGAGCAUAUGUGGACCAAACCGUAUUGUGUUAUUGGACCCCUUGACAAGGGCCUCCGGACAAUCUGCCUUCGCUCUUACAGAUUCAGCUGCUUCAUAAUAUACCUAUCAUUUACCGUACUUCUUCUUGCGAAGCAAAACUGCCCAUGUGGUACAUGUACGGUAGUGGUUUGUUUCUAUGAGCUGUCAUAGCUGGUCUGGCGGUUGGCCUACCUAACAAGUCUAGGUUAGGUAUCUAGGUAGGAGGUACCUAGCUUGAGAUUUCGUGAUCGGCUACCGGCAAUCAUAGAACAACCGCCCAUACCCCCGUCUCAGCUUCAGUUCGCAACCAUGGCGACCAAAAAGCCCCUUAUCACGGUCCUAGGGUCUCUCAACAUCGACCUGGUCUCCUAUGUCUCACAUCACCCCUUACCGGGCGAGACUAUGACUUCCAGCUCGUUCGCCGUAUCACCAGGUGGUAAAGGCGCCAACCAAGCCGUAGCCUGCGCGAAGCUCUCGCGCUCGCACAGCACAUCCUCAUCUCCCUCUGCAGAUGAAACCGCACACAUCCGCAUGGUUGGGGCCGUAGGUGCCGACAGCUACGGCUCCAUUUUGAAAGAGAACCUCUCAUCCCACGGCGUCGACGUAUCCGGCGUCGUCUCGUCGCCCUCUCUCAAGACAGGCAUCGCCAUAAUCGUAGUGGAUGAGCCCACGGGCCAGAACCGCAUCAUAUUAUCGCCCGAGGCGAACCACAGCCUGCAGCCCGCGGAUUUCGCCGUGCUGCCAGCUCCCAAGCCCGACCUCUUGAUUAUGCAGCUAGAGAUCCCCCUUCCUACUGUCCUGGCGGCGUUGCGCGCGGCUAGGGAUGCCUCUGUCCCUGUGCUGUUGAACCCGGCCCCGGCACAGCCCUUACCAGAAGACGUGUACCAGGGGCUCGCGCAUCUAGUAGUUAAUGAGACGGAGGCUGCCGUGUUAGGCGGCGUGAGUGAGGCGGAUCUCGAGAGUGAAGCUGGACUGGAGAGCGUGUCGAAGAAAUUCUUGGACCUCGGCGUGCAGAACGUUAUCGUGACGCUCGGUGGUCGCGGCGUGUUUUACAUGUCUGCCUCCGGUCCAAAGAAUGGCCUCGUCCCCGCCCAGAAGGCCAAGGUCGUCGAUACAACCGCUGCGGGGGAUACCUUUGUCGGACAGUAUGCUCUGGAUGUCGUGGGCGCAGGGACGGCGUUUGAUAUCGAAGCUGCUGUCCGCAAGGCGAAUCGGGCAGCUGCUAAAACUGUCGAAAAGUUGGGCGCACAGGACUCGAUUCCGUGGCGCGAUGAGUUAUGAUGAGCUAAAUACCUAGAAUAUAGCCUCGCAUUAAUAAAAAAACGUCAGUAACUGCUUCCGAUCAUAUGUGAUA